GGGUAACCCGCAACGGUAACCCGCGGGUUCUGGCGAGGCCUAAACCUGUUCGGAUUACCCGUUUAUCACGGGGAGUAAAAACCCAGAACACAAGCGUGGGUUCGGCCCCUACAAGUUGCUGAAAGAGGUAUAUCUCAUCGCCAAUCCAGACGCUAUGUGGUGUUUAUAUCUGACGGGGUAAUGGAUAUCUCCCGCCAGACGAUGUUGCACCAGGCCAAGGAAGACAGACGGCCAUAAUAACAGGGGUGAGCAUCGUUGGUUCAGUUUUCGCCUUCCAUCCAAACCACGGUCCCCUUAUCCCCUUCAAUAUUCUAUUGACCAAGGUCCUCUCGCCUCCGUUGCCUGACAUGAAGCUCUUCGUGGGACUUGUUACGCUUGCGGCUACCGUUAUGGGCCAGGAGCUCUGUGAUAAGUACGACAGUGCUAGAAGCCCCCCAUACUCGGUGAACAACAACUUGUGGGAAGAAUACCAAGGCACCGGCUCCCAGUGCGUGUACAUUGACAGCCUCUCCAGCGCGGGUGCGUCGUGGCACACUACUUGGACCUGGAACGGCGGUAAGGGAACAGUGAAGAGCUACUCUAACUCAGGCGUGGACUUCGAGAAGAAGCUCGUGAACGAUGUGCGAAGCAUUCCCACCGGGGUGGAAUGGACGCUUGCUCGUUACGGCACAAUCCAGCCCAUUGGUAAGCAGAUUAACAUGACCACGGUGGGAGGGAGGUCCUGGGAGGUGUGGUAUGGCACCAGCAUCCAGGCCGGUGCCGAGCAGAAAACGUACAGCUUCGUGCCAGUGAACCCGAUCAACAACUACAAAGGGGAUCUCAAAGCUUUUUUCGACUAUCUCUCCAGCACGCAAAGCUUCCCCUCCGCCACCAAGUACCUGAUUAAUCUUCAGUUCGGAACAGAGCCAUUCACCGGGGGUCCCGCAAAGUUCACUGUGUCCAACUGGACUGCCAGUGUCUACUAAGGCCAUAGGGGUACUGGGCAAUGGAGGC